AUGAUGUAUAAUACUCAUUAAAUUAAUUAUUGUGCAUAGCAAAGUAGAUUUGAAUAACAACAAAUAUUUCUAUUUCACCACAGGAAUGCGAUGAUAAAUAGGCACUUUAGUAGGGCAUACGCAAGAUAUUAAAACACUUCCUCAAUUUAGAUUUAGAGCUUAAUUCAUUCCACUUCCUUCAUAUUUCUUACGUUACUGCUACGUUUAAGUUUUUGUGUCGAAAUGAAUCCUUGUAUUUUAGCACAGCCACCUGAAGAUGAAGUUGGAGAUGGUAGGUGGCAAAGUAUGCAUGAUAGAUACCUCAACGAAGCUCAAAAUUCAGAGCCUGAAGUUCUUUUCAUAGGAGAUUCGAUUAUACAGCAGCUUCAGUUUUCAACAAUAUGGGCUGAAAAGUUCGUUUCCCUGCACUGCUGUAAUUUCGGUAUUGGAGGAGACAGAGUUGAGAAUGUGCUCUGGAGAAUACAAAACGGUGAAUUAGACUUUCAUUCCAAACUGAAAGCUAUCGUUCUUUUUGUUGGCACUAAUAACACUGACUGUACUCCUCAUGAAGUUUACGAAGGAAUUCUUGAAAUAAUCAAAAACAUCAAGCAGAAAUUAGGGAAUGUUGCUAUUAUUUUACCGACUCUACUACCAAGAGGGCAAUAUCCGAAUCCGUACAGAGAAAGGAAUGAUCAAGUGAAUACUUUUCUCCUGGAUAAAUUUUGCAAUCCAGAUAAUGCAGAUAUGUUGACUCCAAAUGUCCACGUGGUGAAAAUUCACGAAAAUAUAGUUCAAAAUGAUAAAUCCAUACCACAUUUCAUCCUACACGAUUAUUUGCAUCUGACUAAUUCGGCCUAUUGGAAAAUUUUUGGACCUGUAUAUGAUAAAUUAUGUGAAGUACUGAAAAAAUGAUUUGAAUAUGUUUUAUAAGUUAUAUUCGUUGAAAUAAAUUCGUAACGAAAUUU